AUGACGACCGCCUUUAUGUGCCUCAUUGGAACGUUCCUGUCGUGUUGCAUGGAAUUGGACCCGUGGACGGACCUGUGGCGGCUGUUCGUGUUCAGCGAACGAACGAUCGAGGUGUACGACCGCAUAAAUGUGGCAGCUAUUCUGGCUGAAAUGACGGGCAAGCGCUGCCUUCUAGAAACGGAACAUCCCACGUACAGACGAGUGGCCAGCGUGAUGUCUCGGCUGCUGGACGCCAACAACGGGGUGGACGAGAUCCGCAACCGCCAGUGGAGUUUGGUGGUGGUGAACCACCCAACGGUCAACGCGUUCGUCUCGGCCAGUGGGUUCAUUUUCGUGUUCUCCGGGCUGGCGGCCAUGGCCAACGACGAUCAGCUUUCAAUAAUUGUCGGCCAUGAGCUGGCCCACGUCAUGCUACGGCAUACGAACCAUAUUACCAGCGUCAACUUUGCAGUCCACCUGUUGUGCUUGACACCUGUGUCCAUGGUCCUGUCGGUUGCUCUGCCUUUCCUCUGGGCGAUGUUGGCGGUCAUGAUGUGUCGACUCGUCCUAUACGUGUGCGUGGGGCUGACGAAGGAAAGGUCCCUCGAGACCGAGGCAGACGGCCUCGGGUUGUUGCUGGCCGCAAACGCAUGUGUAGACGGCACCCAGGGUUACCUGUUCUGGGAGGCCAUGUCCAAAAUCUACGGGCCAUCCACCCGGACCUGGUGGCUGGAAACGCACCCGACAAACGAAAUCCGGGCCCGACACUUACACAGCUUGAUACCAGCCGCCACGGAGCUCCAGAAACUGGCCAAAUGCUAG